CCAAAAACCCAUCCCUUCAAGCCCAUCAUGCGUGAGAUUGUUCAUCUCCAGACCGGCCAGUGUGGUAACCAGGUUGGUUCUGCCUUCUGGCAGACCAUCUCCGGCGAACAUGGCCUCGACGCCUCUGGAAUUUACACUGGCGACUCCGAUCUCCAGCUCGAACGGAUGAACGUCUACUUCAACGAAGCUGGCGGUAACAAAUACGUCCCGCGCGCGGUGCUUAUCGAUCUCGAACCCGGCACCAUGGAUGCCCUCCGCUCCGGUCCCAACGGUGCUUUGUAUCGGCCAGAUAAUUUCAUCUACGGGCAGUCCAGUGCGGGAAACAACUGGGCCAAGGGCCACUAUACUGAGGGUGCAGAAUUGGUGGAUCAGGUUAUCGAUGUCGUGCGCCGGGAAGCAGAGAGCUGCGAUUGUCUGCAGGGCUUCCAGGUGACGCACUCGCUCGGUGGCGGAACCGGCUCUGGAAUGGGCACGCUGCUCAUUUCGAAGAUCAGGGAGGAGUUUCCCGAUCGGAUGAUGGCCACUUUUUCGGUCAUGCCGUCGCCGAAAGUGUCGGAUACGGUGGUGGAGCCGUAUAAUGCGACGUUAUCGGUGCAUCAACUUGUCGAACAUUCGGACGAGACAUUCUGCUUGGAUAACGAUGCUUUGUAUGACAUUUGCAUACGGACAUUGAAGCUGUCUUCGCCUUCUUAUGGUGAUCUCAACCAUCUGGUGUCUGCUGUCAUGUCGGGCAUCACCGUCAGUCUGCGUUUCCCAGGGCAGCUGAACUCUGACCUGCGGAAACUGGCCGUCAAUAUGGUUCCCUUCCCGCGGUUGCAUUUCUUCAUGGUCGGGUUUGCCCCUUUGACUAGCCGGAGCUCUUCAUCUUUCCGUACAAUAUCUGUGCCUGAACUCACUCAACAAAUGUUCGAUUCACGGAACAUGAUGACAGCUGCCAACUACCAGAACGGCCGCUUUUUAACCUGCUCAACCCUGUUCCGCGGCAAAGUCGCCAUGAAAGAAGUUGAAGAUCAAAUGCGCAACAUGCAAAACAAGUACUCUUCCUACUUUGUUGAAUGGAUCCCCAACAACGUCCAAACUGCUCUGUGCUCUAUGCCACCCAAGGGCCUGAAAAUGGCAGCUACUUUCGUCGGCAAUUCCACCUCUGUCCAGGAACUCUUCAACCGCGUCUCCAACCAGUUCACAGCCAUGUUCCGACGCAAGGCCUUCUUGCACUGGUAUACUGGCGAAGGGAUGGAUGAGAUGGAGUUCACUGAGGCUGAGAGCAACAUGAACGAUCUCAUGAGCGAGUACCAGCAGUACCAGGAGGCGACGGUUUCGGAUGGAGAAGGAGCGUAUGACGCUGAAGAGGGGGAGGCAUAUGAGCAGGAGGAGUAGUGGCCUCCUUUCUUGGUUAUAAUUACAGUUGCCAUGAUCAGAAAGGCACUUAGGCUGCCGCCUAUGGACUCAUACUACCUUCUUACAAUCAUUUAGAGAUUCUGGCUUGUCCACGGCUCAAGCUCGUAUCGAAGACCAGAACUUACUCGACUCAUUUUUAACUAGCCGCGCUGGCCAUUGGAUAUCAUGACAAAAGCAAAUUCAAUCUCAGACGCAGUU